GCUAUUUUUGGCCCUUCUGUGACAGUCAGAGCGGCUCUCACUGACAGCUGACCGCAGGGGCCAAAUCAAAACAAGACCGCACCUCCAUCGACCUGUUACAUCGCCCAGACCAUCACAACACCCCGCCGGCCGGACACAUAAAAGACUCGCACAUCCAAGGAGAAGGAGGUUACAAAUCCAUAAUUCUCCAUCAGCUUCUGAAUUUGAGUGAAUUUAAGCGAUAUGACCUCAAAUGAGGAGGACAAAGACCCCGAUAUCGAGCUUUUCGUGAAGGCUGGCAGUGAUGGAGAAAGUAUUGGAAACUGUCCUUUUUCUCAAAGGCUUUUUAUGAUCCUGUGGCUGAAGGGAGUCGUGUUCAACGUCACCACUGUCGACCUGAAAAGGAAACCAGCUGAUCUUCAUAAUCUUGCUCCCGGGACUCCUCCACCAUUCCUUACCUUCAAUGGCGAAGUGCGAACAGACGUCAACAAGAUCGAGGAAUUCUUGGAAGAGAUGCUGGCGCCUCCCAAGUAUCCAAAACUGGCUGCGAAGAACAAGGAGUCAAACACGGCGGGAAAUGACAUCUUUGCAAAGUUCUCUGCCUACAUCAAGAACACAAAUCCAGGAGCCAAUGCAAGUUUGGAGAAGGGGCUACUGAAAGCUCUGAAGAAACUGGACAACUUCCUGAACUCCCCUCUGCCAGACGAGAUUGAUGUCGAUAGUACGGGGGAAGAGAAGUGCUCCAACCGCAAGUACUUGGAUGGCAAUGAAUUAACGCUCGCAGACUGCAACCUCCUCCCCAAACUGCAUGUAGUGAAGGUGGUUUCUAAGAAAUACCGUAAUUUUGAGAUCCCAUCAGAGUUCAGUGGGGUUUGGAGGUACCUGCAGAAAGCUUACGCCCGGGAUGAAUUCACCAACACCUGUGCGGCAGAUAAUGAGAUUGAACUAGCCUAUCAGGACGUGGCCAAGCGGCUGGGCAAAUAAAUCAGUGACUCUAAUAAUCAUAUGCAAAACUGCUAAAGUGGUGACCUUUCUCUUGGUGAAAGACUGUCUCACAAAAAUGUUUCCUUCAGCAGUUUUUGAGCAGAAUUUGCCUUCAGGACAUUGACUUGGUCCUGUAAUUCUCCUGUCACGCUUGUGUGUACUUCCCAUAGGCUACUACUGCCAUUAUGUUUACUGUCUGUAAAUGACAUAAACUCCUCUAUCAGUGUCGCUAUCUGUGACGGUCUGUGCCACUGUUUCUCUAUACAUUUUCAGGGUUGGAUGAUGAUUCUCUUCAUGUAAAGUCCAAUUCAUGUUGCAUAAAUCUUUCAAAUUUUGCAUUGUAUAAAGAUAUUUUUGCUAGCUUGUGAAACAGUGAUGUAAUUUUGUGUUUUAUCUAGGGGUAAGGUAUUUAACUUUAGUAUUAUGGUUAAUGUGUGUAAAUCUCCACAGGAGAGAGCAAAAAAAAAAAAAAGGUGAGCAUGUAAGAAUGUAAUUUCUUUAGAAUUAACUUGAGAUUAAUUCUAUUUAGGCACACAGCCCCACCUAGUGGAGAAAAUAAUAAAGCUGAGCUAUUUACAGUAAAUGAGCCUCAUCCCGAAGCUGAUAUAAAGUAACAUUUGACGUGGAUCAAAACCGUUCAUCAAAGAUUUCCUAAAACCUAAAUGCGUUUGAUGAACACUUUAUGAUUUACUGUAUACUGACACAAACAUCAUAUUUAAAUAUAAUUAUUGUUUCUAAGCCAUCACACAAAUAGGCACAUGUUUAGGUCUCAGGAAUCUCGAGCCCUGUCUGGAAUUUUCAUAUAUUUGAACUGAACAACAAUGCUAAUGGUCUCUUCUUAAUAAAAUUUAUUUUUUCAUAAA